AGGGCAGUGGGCGGGAGAAGCGCUCGCCAGGCCCCGCCCCAGCAUAACCCCGCGUCCAAGCGCCCGGCCGCGCAUCCCGCAGAAGUGCUGCGGCCAUGGCGACGGCGGCGGGCGGUGCGGCCUACUUCCAGAGGGGCAGCCUGUUCUGGUUCACGGUCAUCACCCUCUCCUUUGGCUACUACACAUGGGUUGUAUUCUGGCCUCAGAGUAUCCCUUACCAGAGCCUCGGCCCCCUGGGCCCCUUCACUCAGUACUUGGUAGACCACCAUCACACCCUCCUGCGCAAUGGGUAUUGGCUUGCCUGGCUGAUUCACGUGGGAGAGUCCUUGUAUGCCAUGGUAUUGUGCAAGUCUAAAGGCAUCACAGAUGGUCGGGCUCGACUGCUCUGGUUCCUACAGACUUUCCUAUUCGGGAUAGCAUCUCUCUCCAUCUUGAUUGCUUACAGAUCAAAGCGCCGAAAACAAACUUAAAGAAGAUAUCCAAAAGCUUUCUCUACACUUUUACAUUCAACCUCACCUCUUAUGGUGGGGGGUUGUGGGGAGUGGCAGGGAGGCAGUGUUUACUCAGUGAUCUUCCUACUUUCUAGAGACUACCGUGUUUCCCCGAAAAUAAGACUUACCC